CCAUUUUCAGCAAUGCCAUACAGUGCUGAUACAUUACAUUUUGUUGUAAUAUUAACAUCCCUAUCAUAUCCGAUUGGUUGUUUUUUAGCAAUGUUAUUUGAAUAUCGUUCCAUUCGAAUGAUAACAAUAAUGACUAUUGUUUCAACAUUAUUUGCUGGUUAUAUUUUAAUCGUAUCAUUAAUGAGUCCAUUACCACCGUUUAUUGAUAACGGUAAAUGGCAUACAAUAGCAUCAUGGUUAAUAGUUUUCAUAUGGUCAUCAUUUAUGACUAUAGCAUCAUAUGCAAAAACAAUGAUUACCAUAGUUAUUUGUGAUUAUAAUCGUUCAAAAGGUAUGUUUUGGGUUGGAAUGCAAACACAAUUUGGUUCGGCAAUCGGUGCUGCAAUUUCAUUCAUUUUGAUUAAUUAUACUGAUUUUUUUGAUCAAUGUUAUUGAUUUGAUUUCAAAAUUUUCAUUAAUUUAUU